GUCUGCGCUGAGGGACGCAAGCCGAGCUAAUCCUAAGCUAAUGCUAACCGGAGCAACCGGACUGACAUUACACGGAAUCGGUUUUUAACGUUGUACACAAACACACAGUCUGGAAUGAAUCGAACCACUUAACUGCUCAGAUUUAUCAGCUUUAACAGAUCGAUAAACCCACAGGAGGUAGAGGAGCUAACCUUGGCUAACAGCAGAGACGGUUCUGUUAGGUGACGCUAGGCUAACUGGCUGUCUGUCUGCAGGUAGAGCACCUGGACAGGUGACGGUCUCUGAAGCCGAUAGACUGAUAAUUUAAUGAUCAAUUCACGGAGUCGGAGAUCGUUGCGUCAGCAGGUGUUGCCAUCUGGUGACGUCACACAGACUCAGUGGCGAAAGGACAUUGACUCGGCUACUGAAGUACAAAUCUUCCCUUUCCUUCCAUGCUACUUUAGACUUUUACUGCAGUACGGCUAGAGUACUGGACCGAGCAACGGGGGCACGAACCCGCCAACGUGUCAAGGUGUUUCCUGCACCCAGGGAGGGUUUCCUUCCUCUAACCGUGUAGCGGUGGCGAAGGCAGCCCGGCGUGACUCCAUAGAAAACUCCACCACUUUCAUAUUUGCUGCUUAAAUGUCUCCAGCGUGAAGGGAGGGCCGGCUCUCAUCAUGGAGAAUGGACAGAGCACCACCACCAAGCUGGGCCUGCCGCCGCUCACCCCCAACCAGCAGGAGGCGCUGCAGAAGGCGAAGAAGUACGCCAUGGAGCAGAGCAUUAAAAGUGUUCUGGUCAAACAGACCCUGGCUCAGCAGCAACAGCUCACCAGCCUCCAGAUGGCGUCUCUGACGAUGGGUUUAGGAGACGCUCUGUCUCCUCUGCAGUCAGUAGCGGCUCAGCGACAGAGAGCUCUGGCCAUCAUGUGUCGCGUUUACGUCGGCUCCAUCUACUACGAGCUGGGGGAGGACACCAUCAGACAGGCCUUCGCUCCAUUUGGACCGAUCAAAAGCAUCGACAUGUCCUGGGACUCUGUCACCAUGAAACACAAGGGUUUUGCCUUCGUAGAGUACGAGAUGCCCGAGGCGGCUCAGCUGGCUCUGGAACAGAUGAACUCUGUUGUCCUAGGAGGCAGAAACAUCAAGGUUGGGAGGCCCAGUAACAUCGGCCAGGCUCAGCCGAUAAUUGAUCAGCUGGCAGAGGAAGCUCGUGCCUUUAACAGGAUCUACGUAGCGUCGGUCCACCCCGACCUCUCUGAUGACGACAUCAAGAGUGUCUUUGAGGCCUUCGGGAAGAUCAAGUCCUGCAUGUUGGCCCGAGAGCCCACCACGGGACGGCACAAAGGCUACGGUUUCAUCGAGUAUGAGAAGUCUCAGUCUGCUCAGGAUGCCGUGGCCUCCAUGAACCUGUUUGACCUCGGGGGUCAGUACCUGCGGGUGGGGAAGGCCGUGACUCCGCCUAUGCCCCUCCUCACACCGACGACUCCUGGAGGACUCCCCGCAGCCGCCGCCGUAGCUGCUGCUGCCGCCACCGCCAAAAUCACUGCGCAGGAGGCAGUGGGAGCAUCGGUGCUCGGAGCUCUGGCCGGUCCGGCGCUCCUCUCUCAGCAGCUGGGAGGACUUCCUCAGGCCGUCAUGGCCGCCCAGGCUCCAGGUGUCAUCACAGGGGUGACCCCAGCUCGACCUUGCCUGCCUCAGGUGGGUCUGGUGAACCCGGUGCUGGCCACACCCCCAACACCAGCGGCCUCCUUUGGCUCUGAGGUGAAGAGGAAAGAGGAGGAGGUGGAGGAGGAGAAUCAGCAGGAGGCGCAGCAGGAUGGCGCCAUGGAGCCACUUAGCGAGCAGGAGCACAUGAGCAUCAGCGGCAGCAGCGCCAGGCACAUGGUGAUGAGGAAACUGCUUCGCAAGCAGGAGUCGACUGUGAUGGUCCUGAGGAACAUGGUCGGUCCUGAGGACAUCGAUGACGACCUGGAGGGCGAGGUCACCGAGGAAUGCGGGAAGUUCGGCCGGGUGAAGCGCGUCAUCAUCUACCAGGAGCGUCAGGGCGAGGAGGACGACGCCGACGUCAUUGUUAAGAUUUUUGUAGAGUUUUCUGAGGCGGCCGAGAUGAAUCGAGCCAUCCAGGCGCUCAACCACCGCUGGUUCGGAGGACGUAAGGUGGUGGCAGAGGUGUAUGACCAGGAACGCUUUGAGAACAGCGACCUCUCGGCGUAGAACACAGAUAUACAGAUAUACACUCAGAAA